AUGGCCUUCGUGCUCGGCGACGAGUCGCGGCUCGGGUCCAUGCGCGACCGCUGGGCCGCGGAGGCGUCGCAGGAGGACAUGCGCGACCGCUGGGCCGCGGAGGCGUCGCAGGAGGACGCGGCCAUGGAGCGCCGCGACCGGUCGCGGUCGCGGGAGCGCGACGACGGCAUGGACGAGCUCUGCAACGCCAUGGACUACUGCUACCCCGACAUGCCGGAGCUCGUCGCCGCGAGCGACGACGAGAGCGACGGCGGCGACGCCCUGGACGCCAUGGAGCCCUGCGUGGGGGUCCCCGCCGGCGCGGUCCUCUCGUACUACGUCUACGCGGCCGUCGCGGACCCCGAGGCCCACGCGGCGUGGCAGCGCGCCACGGGCGCGGCGCUCGGCCUGCGCGGGCGCGUCGUCGUCGCCGGCGAGGGCGUCAACGGCACGCUGAGCGGCGCGACCGACGCCUGCGACGCCUACGCGGCCGCGGUCGAGGCCGCGCUCGGCGCCGCCGUCGACGUGAAGCGGUCGCCGCUCGCGGCGGGCGCGCGGCCGCCCUUCCCGGACCUCUACGUCAAGGUCGGCGGCGAGAUCGUGAGCACGGGCCUCGGCGCGGCCGUGCGCGCGUCGUCGGAGACGUCCGCGCCGCACGCGGACGCGGCUUCCUUCCGCGCCAAGCUCUCCGCGCCCGACGCGGCGGACAAGCUCCUCGUGCUCGACGUGCGCAACGGCUUCGAGUACGACGUCGGCCACUUCACGAACGCGGAGCGCGCGCCGAUCCGCACCAUGCACGAGUGGACGCGCUACGUGGACCGCGAGGACGUCGUCGGCCGCGCGCGGGGCAAGGAGGUGCUCAUGUACUGCACGGGCGGCGUGCGCUGCGAGAAGGCGUCGGCCUACCUGCGGUCCAAGGGCGUCGAGGCCGUGCACCAGCUCGACGGCGGCAUCCACCGCUUCCUCGAGCGCUACCCCGACGGCGGCGGCGUCUGGAAAGGUCGGAACUUCCUCUUCGACGCGCGCGAGGCCGACGCCUACGACGCGCCGCCGGCGCCGACGGCCGUGGGCGUCUGCACGGACUGCGCGAAGCCCUGGGGCGCGCACGCGGCGCGGAACAUCUGCUCCGUCUGCGAGACGCUCUGCCUCGUCUGCCCGGCGUGCUCCUCGAGCCGCCGCGAGCACUACUGCUCGGACCACGCGGACCUCCGCGGCGCCUACUGCCACUUCCUGGACGCCUGCGACGCGGGCGCGCUCGAGGACCAGGCGCGCGGGCUCGCGGCGGCGCUCGAGGCGCCCGCGGCGAAGACGUCCGUGAACCGGCGCCGGUCCCUGCGGAAGCAGCUCGACCGCGUCCGCGCGCGCCUCGGCGCGCUCGCCGGCGGCGCCGCGGUCUACGCCGGCCCGCCGCGGUGCCGGUCCUGCGGCCAGGUCCACUGCGACGGGUGCUGGGGCUUCUGGAAGGCGUGCGCGGAAUCGUAA